AGGAGGAAAGGGAGGACUGGUCAAACCCAAUCCUCUCCCUCCUCUUUUGCUUCUCUCUCUCUCUCUCCCUCCUCUGCUGUUCUCUCAUCGGAGAUCUCUGAAACCAUGCCAAAAUAAUCCCUAAAGAUAAUCACCGGUCCGCCCCCUCUGAUCUCCUCCUUCUCCUACUCCUAUUCCACCUCCGCCGCGGCGGUCCUGGUCGCCGUUGAUCUUCCUCCAUCAGCUCGGAUCUUAACUGCUGGUCCAAAAUGAUUACCAUUCCGUAUCUGACCGCCUUAACAACUUACUUCAGCUACGGCCUCCUCUUCGUCUUCGGCCAAUUUCGUGACUUUUUCCGUAAAAUUGCGGAUUGGUGGCUCGGCAGCAAUCUUCAGGGAUAUGCCCCGAUCUGCCUAGGGUUGGAGGAUUUCUAUACUCGGCGGCUGUAUCUUCGGAUUCAGGAUUGUUUUGGACGACCAAUAGCAAGUCCUCCGGAUUCUUGGGUUGAUUUGGUUGAACGUGUAUCCAAGGACAACAACAAGACGCUGCAGCGGACCGCAAAAAUUAGUAGAUGCCUUAACUUGGGAUCAUAUAACUACCUCGGGUUUGCUGCAGCAGAUGAAUACUGCACCCCCCGUGUGAUUGAAUCUCUGAAGAGAUUUUCCCCAAGCACCUGUAGUACUCGUGUUGAUGGAGGUACAACAACGCUUCACAAUGAAUUGGAAGAGGUUGUGGCAAAUUUUGUUGGAAAGCCAGCUGCUAUUGUUUUCGGUAUGGGUUACGUAACAAACUCAGCUGUUCUCCCUGCCUUGAUUGGGAAGGGAGGCUUGAUUAUCAGUGAUUCUCUUAACCACAAUUCCAUAGUCAAUGGUGCUCGAGGGUCAGGGGCCACCGUUCGUGUUUUCCAACAUAAUAUGCCUGACCAUCUGGAGAAAGUCCUAAGAGAACAAAUUGCUGAGGGGCAACCAAGGACACAUAGACCUUGGAAAAAGAUUAUGGUUUUAGUGGAGGGAAUAUACAGCAUGGAAGGGGAACUCUGCAAACUUCCAGAGAUUGUUGCCAUAUGCAAAAAGUAUAGGGCGUAUGUUUACUUGGAUGAGGCUCACAGCAUUGGGGCAAUUGGCAAAACAGGGAGGGGUGUUUGUGAGCUAUUGGGAGUUGAUACAGCAGAUGUGGAUAUUUUGAUGGGAACUUUCACAAAAUCGUUUGGGUCAUGUGGUGGUUAUAUUGCAGGGUCUAAGGAACUUAUUCAAUAUAUGAAGUAUUCUUGCCCUGCUCAUCUGUAUGCUACAUCGAUUUCUCCUCCAGCUGCCCAACAAAUUAUUUCUGCCAUAAGGGUCAUCCUUGGGGAGGAUGGUACUAGCAGAGGCGCUCAAAAGCUAGCAAGAAUACGCGAGAAUAGCAACUUUUUCCGUUCUGAACUACAGAAAAUGGGAUUUGAGGUUUUGGGAGAUAAUGAUUCUCCUGUAAUGCCUGUAAUGCUCUACAAUCCGGCAAAAAUACCUGCUUUUUCACGGGAGUGUCUCAAGAAUCAGGUGGCUGUUGUUACGGUUGCGUUUCCAGCUACACCUUUGCUGUUGGCUAGAGCUCGCAUCUGUAUUUCUGCUUCACACACACGGGAAGAUCUCAUCAAAGCCUUAGAGGUUUUCAGCAAAGUAGGAGAUCUAAUAGGCAUUAAAUACUUCCCCGCCGAACCCGAUAAACAACAGCAAGAUGAUGGCAGAGUUAAGUUAGAGUGAGGGGCGAAGGAGCUCUACAAUUGCUCUCCGCAGUGCUGGCUACCACGAUUUAUGAUUGGCUGAUAAGUGAUACCUUCGUGUGAGGUGCUAAAUUUUGUCUAUUUGUGUGUACAGGGUCCGUAUCUUUUCAUGUCGGAUGUUCAAGUUGUACUUUUGGUUAGUUUUUUCUUUUUUUUUUUUUUUUUUUUGGAGUACAACAGUGUUACUUUAAGAUUAAAUACGCAGGUUAUGUAUUGCUAUAGUUGGCGGUACGUCCAGAUGAUACUUUGGCUAGUGUGUUUCAGUUCUUGUGCGAGUUCUGACCUGGAUCAUAAAUACUCUUAAGUAGCUUUCUUGGGAAA